AUGAGAAAUUUGAAUAAAAUCGAAGCAAAGUACAACGUGGUUACAGAGUACACAAAUCUAAAUCUCCAUCAAGCUGCCUUUUCCAAUGACGUUGGAUCAGCUGCAUUUGCGUUGCGUAACGGACAACCAGUCAAUAGCGUUUAUAAAGGUACUCUCCCAAUACACGCCGCUGCUCUUGCCGCUUCCAAGGAUGUCCUCAAAAUGUUGAUUGAUGCCGGCGCGGAUGUAAACGCGGCGCGACUAGCAAAGAAUAUCGGCGCACCCAAAGAAUCUCAUCUCCAUCACUCCCACACGGAUCUAUCUCCAGGCACGACGGGUUCCACAGCGCUUCACUAUGCAGCUGGCAGUGGUCACCUCGCUAUCGUCAUCACGCUGUUAGAACACGGCGCAGACAGCAACAGGCUCGACAAGAAUGGUCAGCUUCCAGCUACACUCGCUCUUCACUGCGGUUUCAGGGAUGUUGUUCACUUGCUCGUCAAUCACACUAUGAAGACGUCGCAAACGCCAGACGAGGCUAUUGACGCAUUGGAGGAUAAGAUAGUGCGUGAAGAGCAGUCUAAACAUCGCAGACCAUCCCUCCCAUCGAUCAUCGAACAGUCGUCGUCGACGAUUAGGAAUUCUACCAGCUCAAUUCGAAGGAGCAAUAGGAAUAGGCGUUAUAGCCAUUCUGAGAGCCUCGCUAAUGUACUCGAAGGGGGUAGCUCGUCGGGAUCGCUGGGAUCACCGCGAACACCACAAACACCACAAACAAACGCACAAGCACCUCACACACCCAUCAAAGAGAGCUUUAACUUGAAUCGAGCAGGUGAAACCUUCUCAUCAGAGAAUGUAAACGAGGUUAUUAGCCUUAAUCACGAUAAUGGGCAGCAACAACAACAACAACAACAAUCACAAUCACAGCCACAGCCACCACCGCAACACAGCCUCAGACGGCUAGUGAGCAAGCAGUCCCUCGCUAGUCUAUUCAGCAGGUCCAAGACAGAUGCAGGGAAAGGACAGGAAACCUUGAGCGAUGGAGGAGAUGGAGAUGAGUAUGCAACUCGAGCGCGUUCCAACAGCAACUCGUCGCUAUCGCCCAACACCUCAGUGCCGUCGUCACCUCUCAAAAAAGGGGAGCGGGUGAGGGAGGUGAGCGGGAAUAACAAUGGUAGAAGUGUGAGUGUGAGUGGUGGUGGGAGUGCUGGCAGUACUAGCCAUGCUAUACAAGACAAUGACGUAGCACACUCACACUCACAACCACCACAACUACCACUACCACAACCACUCCACCACCGCCAUCGCACCAACACGGUGUCCACCAUAUCCACGACAAACACGCGUUCAACGAAUGCUCAACUGUCAGCAACAGACGACAACAGCUCGCACACGAGCGCGAGUCAAGCGAAUCAGGCUAAUUAUGCAGACGUCGUACUUAAGAUACCGAUGAAUCAGUCACAGCAUGCCAGAGAGGCGCAUGCAGAUAGACGGGAGAAACGACGGGCGGCGAUGCGACAACAAAGUGCGACAUCGUUUAAUGGGGUCGGGAACGGAAGUGGGAGUGCAAGUAUAAAUCAGUCGACACACUCAUCACAAUCACAUUCACCACACUUAUCAGACCCUUUGCACUCAACGCACCCUCACUCAUCACACCCCUCUCACCCCUCUCACCCCUCUCACCCCUCUCACACUCACCGCUUCGCUAAUCUGCAGGAGCUGCCUCUGGCAGAGCAGGAAGAACGCGUGAGCUCAGCGCAGGCUGCGGAAAUGGUGAAACGGGUGCAGAAAGAGUUGCUGACGCUGGCAGAGAAGGGGAAAGCGCCGAAUGCGGUGGAUAAUCGCAGACAGGGGAGCGGAGGGAGUGAAGGGGUUGAAGAAAACGACUUGAUGGAGAGAUUGCAGAGAUACGGCGAGACAUUGGCGUUGGAGAGGGAGGCGCGGAAGCGGGAGGAGGAGAUGAAUGGGGAAGGCAAGAAGAAGAGCAGAGAAGGGAGUGCAAGGAGUGUAGGUACUGCAGGUAAUACAGGUAAUGCAGGUGAUACAAGCAAUCCAGCCAACAUAGAAAACACAGCCAACACAGCCAACACAGCCAACACAGCCAACACAGAAAAUCCACCCAAACCACACCACCCAACCAGGUUCACCCAAUCAACCAACGCAUUCGACUCACAUAUCGCCUCUCAGCCUCCCAAAGAAAGUGAAAAACGAAACACGCGCCACCAGACAUCCAUCGAGAAGAACAAACUGCGGCAGAGUCACAACACAGCAAAGAAGAAUCAUUACAGUGUUCGGACAGAUGUGUUUCAGAAUGACUUUGACAGCAAAGUACCCUCGCCUCUGCACGUAUCGCAUACGUCAGCCAAGAAUACACCACGCUAUUCGAAGCUGUUGAAGGGGAUAAAGUAUAGGCUUACGCAUGGGUAUGGGGGGUGA